AUGGCCAGCGCUGGAGAUCGCCCAUAUGACCCUUACAUCCCCAACGAGGCCGCGGGGGGAGCUCAAGGUGGAAAUGCUGCUCCAGGCAAUCAGAGAACAGCAGCGCUACAAGCACAAAUCGAUGACACUGUUGGUGUAAUGCGCGAGAACAUCAACAAGGUCUCCCAACGUGGUGAACGCCUCGACUCCCUCCAAGAUAAGACCGACAACCUGGCUGUAUCAGCACAAGGUUUCCGUCGCGGUGCCAACAGAGUUCGCAAGCAGAUGUGGUGGAAGGACAUGAAGAUGCGGAUGUGCUUGAUUAUUGGAAUAAUCAUCUUGCUCAUUGUCAUUAUUGUACCAGCUGUUGUUGCUACUAAGCAUUAA